AGUCUCAGCCCCGACGCGCCUCGCAGUUGAGGGGAGUAGCUAAAUGUACUUCGGCCGCGAAGAAUAAAGCCCAGGAGACAUUUCCGGUUGGUUAAUUGUGAGGUGCGGCAGCCAAGGCGAAGCGGAGUGGCCUUCGGAACAGCAGUUACUGUACUGGGAGCGGCUGUGUUCGAGGAGGAAGUGCUGGUGGACGAGCAGCUGCCAUCUGUGCUUUGUGCUCAGGAACAAGAUGACCGUCCUAUUCGCUCUGGGUUUGAUGUUACUCCUGCUGGGAUUGGGUGAAGGGCUGGAGAAUGGAGACCUGCGUCUGUCCAGGGGCCGAGUGCCCAGCGAGGGCCGUGUCGAGGUGUACUACGAUGGAGAGUGGGGCACCGUGUGUGAUGACGGUUGGGACCUCACUGAUGCUCACGUUGUCUGCCGCAGCCUUGGUUACCUCAACGCCACGGAGGCCGUACGUGGAGGUGCCUUCGGAUCAGGGUCAGGCCCAAUCCUGCUGGAUGAUGUGUUCUGUACUGGAACCGAGACCUCUCUCGCCAACUGCAAGACCAAAGGCUGGAAGAUCCACGACUGCCAACACUCAGAGGAUGCUGGAGUUCGCUGUGACCCCCGGAGGCUGGACCAGCUGUUUGGCUACAGACUGGACCUCACUUCAGAGUUCUACAAGUCUUUAGAAGAGUUAUACGAGAGUCGCAGGGACUGUGACAUGAACAUCACGGUGAACAGCCUGGAGGAUGGCCGUGAAGAGGCGCGCUCCUGUGUACACAGGCUAAUCCUGUCACUGCACACAGAUGGAAACCUGCUCAGCCAGGCCCAGGGCAACCUCUUCAAUCUGAUAGUGUCUCAGGACUGUGUGCAGUACGUCGAUGACAUCAUCAGGUAUUUUUACACGAGGACCAUCUCUGUCACUCUGUCUUCAGUGAAGUGCAUCCACAACAUAGCGUCGGACUACAGGAUCAUUGCGGUGCGCGAUUACUGUGAUCAGCUCUUCUACAAACUCAUGCCCCAGGACAGUUCGUUUCAGCAGCAGCUGGAGCUUUACAAGUAUGCAGAGAGAGUGAAGGACCCUGUGCUGCAGGAGAUCUGCCUGCAGUACUUCGCCUGGAACUGUGAGACCUUCAGCCAGACGGCGGCGUGGGAUGAGCUGUCGGUCGCGGACCUGGUUGCCUUGCUCCAGCGUUCAGAUCUGGUCAUUGAGAGUGAAUUCACGCUGUUCCAGGCAGUGGAGUCUUGGAUCUCCCACAGUGGGAAGACUGCCGCCAUUGACCGGUUGAUGAAGAGUAUCCGCUUCCCGAUGAUGUCUCCCGAGGAGCUCAUCUCCUUGUCCUUCAAUUCCAGCCUGUACCAGCAGUUUGAGAGCAUGUUCACGCAAAGGCUGCUGGAGGCUUUUGAGUUCCAUUCGGUCCGUCCACAGCUGCUGAAGUACUUCAAGGAUUUGGACAACCCCGACUUCCAGCCACGCAUCUACACCUCCAAUCAAUGGAGCAGGACCCUGGCCAUCUCCGGUCUGAUGGACUCGCCCUACCAGCGCACUGGUCUGUACGGACCCACGGCCUCAUACUACAACAGGAGACAGAGGUAUGGCGGCUACAAUUCCUACUACUACUCCUCCUCCCCACGCAUCUCCUUUCAGACCAAGCAACACCUGAGCCGGCUGUUCAGCUCCAGCACGCUCCAGUGGACCGGCUACUACCACGAAACAGCACAGCAUUGCCGCAACAGCUACGUCUCGUGUCCGUACGAUACGUACCCCGUGGCAGUGCUGACCACGUACAACACCCCAGAAACCGUCACCUACCGCAACUCUGUGCUGUUGCUCUGCAACAACAGCACGGUCUCCUACGUGCAGGAGAUGAAGAACUCGACAGCCGUGCUGCCCUCCAACAACAGCACCGACUUUUCUCUCUUCGCCUGUGAUAACGGCAUUUCCACCCUCCGGUUUGUCGUCCAGCCCUUUUAUGUUUGACCCGUCCAGAAUUGGACCACCAACUGCCCAGUAGCAACAGUAUAAACCCGCACGUUUCCCUAAUCCCUCUGUCUCCCUCCUCACCCCCAGUCCCUCUGUCUCUCUCCCCACCCCCAGUCCCUCUGACUGUGUCUCCACCCCCAGUCCCUCUGGCUCUGUGUCCAUCCCCAGUCCAUCCGUCUGUCUCCACCCCCUGUCCCUCUGUCUCUCUCCCCAUCCCCAGUCCCUUGCCAUCUCUCUCCCUACCCCCAGUCCCGCUGUCUCUGUGUCCACCCCCAGUACCCCUGGUUCUCUCCCCACUCCGAGUCCCCCUGUCUCUGUGUCUAUCCCUAGUCCCUUGCCAUCUCUCUCCUCACCCCAAGUCCCUCUGUCUAUCUUCACCCCCAGUCCCUUGCCAGUUUUCUCCCUGCCUCCAGUCCAUCUGUCUCUUGCCCCAUCCCCAGUCUUUCUCUACUGCCUCUCUUCCUACCGCAGACUCUCUUCGUGUCUCUCCUCUGACUCUCUCCCCACCCCUAGUUUAUCCUUUCCUCAGCAGUCCUCACCAGUCUUUCUUCACCCCUCACUCUCCAUCCAUUUCUGUCUCAGAGGACGGUCUGGGCUCCAAUGUGUACAGUAGACCAUGGACCUGCGUAAUUCAUCGGUCACUGAGUGCGACGUGAGAGACCUGGGCCCUCCUGCCCACCACUUCCAUGCCCAUCUGCAGUGAUCCCAUACGCCCAUAUCAACACCGAUCCUAAUUAAAUAUUAAGGCUGUCUGAAGGCUUCUUAAACUAGGUGACAGCCAUUGCCCUCCCCACUCACAACUCUGGCAGUGAGUUCCUGAUUCAAACCACUCCACCCCUCAGGUCCCCUUUAAGUUUUCUUCAUUGCAGUCUGACCAAUGCUGUAUGAAGCCUCAGUAUUAUGUCCUUGCUUUAAUAUUCUGGUUCUCUCAAAAUGCUAACAUCGUAUUCGCCUUCCUCACCACUGACUCAACAUGAAAAUUAUCUUUUAGGGAAUUCUGCACAAGGACUCCCAAGUCCCUUUGCACCUCAGAGUUUUGAAUUUUCUCCCCAUUUAGAAAAUAGUCUUCCCAUUUAUUUCUUCUAUCAAAAUACAUGACCACACACUUCCCAACACUGUAUUUCAUCUGCUACUUCUUUGCCCAUUCUCCUAAUCUGUCUAAGUCCUUCUGUAGCUUCCAUGCUUCCUCAACACUACCUGCCCCUCCACCUAUCUUCAAAUCAUCCACAAACUUGGCCACAAAGCCACCAAUUCUGUCACCCAAAUAACAUGAAAAGAAUCGGCGGAACACCACUAGUCACUGGCAGCCAAUCAGAAAAGGCUCCCUUUAUUCCCACUCAGUGCCUCUCGACAAUCAGCUGCACCUUUGUCCAUGCUAGAAUUGUACCUGUAAUGCCAUGGGCUCUUGUUAAACAGCCUUAUGUGUGGCACCCUAUCAAAUGCCUUCUGAAAAUCCAAAUACACAACAUCCAUUAACUCUUUGUCUUUUCUCAAAGAAUCCCAGGAGAUUUCCAGCAUCUACAGCCAUAAUCAUUUCCCAUGGAAGUUGGUAGGUACAACACCUCCCCACACUCUUAGGCUCCCUGCCAGUAAAUCUUUGUAUCUCACACUCCUCCUGAAUGCAGUGACUAGAAUGGAACUCAGUACACCAAAAGUUCAGAUAUCCUCCCCGAGGGUGCACAGAAUCUGUGUUCUGUGAUCAGCAGAGACCCACACACUAAUCUAGAGCAACAAACUCUUUGCCACAUCCCCCGGGCUACACAUCGUCUCUAUGGAUUAUCCUCCCCCAUCACUUCCCCUCCUCUCCCACACGUCAUCUCUACUAACUGUCCCGUCUCAUCACCUCCCCUCAUCCCUGUCACCAUGGCGUCUCCCCAGAUCCUCCUCCCACCCCAGGAUCAUACAGUGUCUCUCUUGACCAUUCCCUGUCCCUCUCCCCCAAGACCACCACCUUCCAUCCCUACCCCAGGGCCACACAUUGUUUCUGUUGUCCGCUCCACCCUACGGGCACCAAUAGUCCAUUGGUACCAUCCAAGCCCCGAUGAAGCCCAACCCUUACUCUGGUACGCUCAUCCCCUCCCUCUGCCUGGCUGUGUGUUCACUGGGUGAAGUUGGUUCACUGCCCCAAUCCAGAGGUCAGCGUCAUGCCCUGUUCUGUGUGCACAGGGAUCUUACCGAAUGAUCAGCUGCUCUGGUCCCUGCCGUCUCCUCGGCUGCCGCUGUCUGCUUCCUUCAAUAAACGACCUUGCUUGAU